UGAAUAUGGCUGAUAGAAAGUGCGUAGGCAAGAAAUAUGAAUAUUUUUUAAAAGAUAAACUAGGAUCUGGAACAUUUGCAGAGGUUGUCAAAGGAUAAAAUAAAUAGACUGAUGAAGUCGUAGCAAUUAAAAUUAUCAAAAAAUCCGCUUUGGAAAAAUAUGGGUAAUUCUAUCCUCCUAAUUAACUUUUAGCGAUGACAUUUUGGAGUAAAUUCAGCUAGAAGUCAAAAUACUCAAAGAAUUAGCGAAUCUCUCAAAACAGACAAAGUGUCCUUUUAUAAAUAGAAUAUACGAAUUCCUUGAAACUGCAAAUAACUUUUACAUUAUUUUAGAGUACUGUAAUUAAGGAACUUUGUAUGAUUAAAUCAAGAAGGUUAAAAAAAUAGAAGAAAAAGAAGCCAUUUUCAUUUUAUUUUAAUUACUUCAAGCUCUUUCCUUACUUGCUAAUAAUAAUAUAGCUCAUCGGGAUAUCAAACCAGAAAAUGUGUUAAUAAAAGACGGAGUCUACAAAUUAGGUGACUUUGGUUUUGCAAGUUAAAAAUCGUUAUAUAAAACUCAUCUUGGCACUUUUCCAUAUAUGGCACCAGAGUUUUUCAAUAGUGAUUCAUAUAAUUCAAAAGUUGAUAUAUGGGCCUUGGGACUUCUUACUCAUGAGGUGUUAUUCAAAGAAUUAUAUUAUAUAGGUAAAAGUCAAUAUGAUGUUCAAUAAAAAAUAUUAACAAAACCAUAUCUUUUAAAUGAUUAAAAGUACAAGAUUUCCGAAUAAUUAAAGAAUUUAUUAUGCAAAAUGGUCAAUAAAGAUUAAAAUGCAGUAUUAUACAAUAUAUAUGAUAUUAGAGAAUAUCUGCACAGGAAGCCUUAGCGGAUCCUAUUUUUGAUUUCUGUAAACACGACCCAAGAUAUCAAAAUAUUAUGGAAGCAGAAUAACUAAAUUGGGAUCAUCUUAAUAAAGUUGAUUAAAUUCAAGAGACAAUUGUCUUAUAAGAGCAGGAUACUCCAAUUGGGGGGAAAAAGUAGAAGGAAGAAGAGGAGUAAUAAAAGCGAGAUAAAGAGAAAUUGAUCCAAGAAAAGAAUCAAUUCAUCUAAAAUGGAAUAUCUAGCAUUAAGGAAGGAAUUCUUGAUAAAAUUGCAGGAAUUACUUUAAUGGUGUAAUUGGCGGAUUAUUUAUAUGAUAAUAUCUAAUAAGUAUGUCGAUUCGAAAUUCUUUAUAUUUUGAAAUAAGCCACUAUUUUGAUAUAAUAAUUGAGAGACCGACUUGAACAAAAGGCUAUAUUAGGUAAGCAUGAUCAUGUUAAGAUUGAAUUUGAUAGUGAAAUAUGGAUGCAUUUUUAUGAAGACAUAUCGUAAUAUAUAUGUGUUAAUGAUAGAGUAUUUUAAUUAAUUGAUGAUCUUGAAAAUCAAAAGAACAAAAUGAAAAAGAAAUAUAUAGACUAUGUUAAAUAAUUCAAUAGUUUUGCAUUUCAAAACUUUCCAGAUAAUUACUAAAAAGUAGAAUCAAUUGCAAAUUUAAAUUUAAGCAAACUUAUAGACAUUUAACUAUAUUAAGACUAAUUAUUCACUAAAAUGCAAUUUCUAAAAUAAGAUUCGCUUAAAACUUAAGAUGAGAAUAUCAAAAAUUAAAUAUAGAAGUGUCUAUUAUGGAUGUAUGCAGUCUAUGAUUAUUAAAAAUUAUGCUCAGGGCAAUUGUUAAACAUCUAAAAGUUUAUAAAAGGAAUAAUAAGUAAUGAUUUAGAUGAAAUGAAAUCUUGUUUAAUUGUUAGUUGAG